CUGACUCAUUUUCAUAAUAUAAUCGACUCUAAAUUUCAUCUCUCAACAUCUUUCAAACAAUGGCUUCUUUUGGUGUUGCUUGUUUUUUCAUUGUUUUGAUCGUGGCAUUUGGUGUAUCAAACUCGGAAGCAUGUACUCAUGAUUCGGAGUGUCAAUUAAACUGUGAUCAUCUUGGUCUUUGUGACUUAAAAACCAAUAAAUGUAGUUGCUUGCCGGUGUCUAAGCCAUUACCCUUUGAUGGUGUACCAAUGGCGAAUGCUAAAUGCAGCACGGAUGACGAUUGCAAGGAUGCUUGUCCACCAAAUUGCACAGCUAAAUGUUUUCAUUGCUUUUGCUUAUGCUAUUGUAGUGCUUGAAAAUUAUAUUGUUUUUCAUUCAAAGGACUUUGAAUUUAAUCCUUUCAAUAAUAUGUACUAAGAAAUUGGUACAUAAAAUGAAUGAAUAGAUAAAGGUGUUGAGAGAAUUAAAUUGUCUUUAUUAUACUAAAAUGACUUUAUCGAUCUUGAAAAAUAGAUGUAAGCUAAUAGUUAAAAUCAUGCUUCCAAUUCAAAUAUAUAUAAUGUAUUUGUGUUAUGUUUA